UUUCCUUCUCCCGACUUCCAAUCGCUUCGUCAGACCGAGGAAGAUGUUUCUGAAUAUGUCUACGCUCCCUAGGGGAUCUCUGAAGCCAUAUGCGGCCGAAUUCCUCGGAACAGCCCUCCUGAUUGUCCUUGGAGAUGGAGUGGUUGCACAAUGUCUCCUAUCCGAUUAUCAAUAUGGCACUUGGCUCUCUAUCAACAUGUCCUGGGCAGCCGCCGUCUGUAUCUCCGGCUAUCUUGCUGACCCUAGUCCAACCAUCAACCCCGCUGUCACCAUCUGUACCGCGCUCAUUCGGCCUACACCAGGACAAUGGAAAAAGCUGCCAGGUAAACUGAUCGCCCAAUUUCUAGGUGGUUUUGUUGGUGCGGCCCUGGUGUACGUCAACUAUCGGUCGGCCAUUGAAUCCUGGGAUCCCGAGUAUACCAUUCCAGGCGGGUCAAUUUUGAGUCCUCAGGGACACCAUUCGGCAGGCAUCUUUUCGACUUAUCCUGCCUCCACUUUGGGGUCGAAUUGGGAGGCAGCCUUUAACGAGGUGCUUGGAUCGGCAGUGCUCAUGUUUGGAAGUCUUACCAUUUCAGACCCGUCAAAUGCUCAUCGGUUCUAUUCUCCCCAGCUUUCCAGUUUUCUGCUCCUUCUUGCGAUCGGUGCUUCUUUGGGUUGGCAGACCGGAUACGCUAUCAACCCGGCGAGAGACUUCGGCCCGAGACUGUUUUCUGCCAUUAUAUAUGGUAGAGAGGUCUUCACUGCAGCCAACUAUUAUUUUGUCGUCCCCCUGUUCGCCCCGAUCAUCGGCUGCAUUGUGGGGGCUGCAACAUAUGACUCUCUCCUCUACGAAGGCGAGGGCUCUCAUAUUACGGAUGCUCUCGAUAAAGUGGGAGACCGGGAUGGAUCCCUCCGACUGGAUUGAGUAAGCUCCAUGACCGGUGAUCGACGUCUGGUGAACAUAGCGAUGAAGGAAUGACGUGUUAUUUAGCUGAGGUUGGGUGAUGUUGAGAGUAAGAUAUUGAUUGGAUAUCUUCUUCAUGAUACGACAUGAUGCUUUGUAUGGACAUUACUACGCUUGAAGUUGCUUGAACCUUUAUAAGUAUGAUGCUGCUGUUGUAUAGAUGACGCUAUAGAGUAUAG